AUGAAUGACAGCGCUCCGGCGGCGCCGGGUUCGGUCGGAGGGCUGGCAGGAGCCGCGCACCUGCGGGGCCCCCGGGCAGAUGGCGAGGGUUGCCGCGGGUUACGAACAGGGACAAAACACCCCUGUGCACUCAGCGACAACACAACCAGAGAACCCUCAGCGACAACACAACCAGAGAACCCUCAGCGACAACACAACCAGAGAACCCUCGGCGACAACACAACCAGAGAACCCUCAGCGACAACACAACCAGAGAACCCUCGGCGACAACACAACCAGAGAACCCUCAGCGACAACACAACCAGAGAACCCUCAGCGACAACACAACCGCGGAACCCUCAGCGAUUACACAACCAGAGAACCCUCGGCGACAACACAACCAGAGAACCCUCGGCGACAACACAACCAGAGAAUCCUCAGCGACAACACAACCCGAGAACCCUCGGCGAUAACACAACCAGAGAACCCUUGGCGACAACACAACCAGAGAAUCCUCAGCGACAACACAACCCGAGAACCCUCAGCGACAACACAACCAGAGAACCCUUGGCGACAACACAACCAGAGAACCCUCAGCGACAACACAACCAGAGAACCCUCAGCGACAACACAACCACGGAACCCUCAGCGAUAACACAACCAGAGAACCCUCUGCGACAACACAACCAGAGAACCCUCAGCGACAACACAACCAGAGAACCCUCAGCGACAACACAACCAGAGAACCCUCGGCGAUAA